AACACCUCGGACUUUAUCGCUUGAAGGAAAAAUGGCAGCUGUGAAACUUGCAAAAUUGUUAUCCUAUUCUGCUGUGGUAUAUUCUUUCCGCGACCUAUUUGUUUGAAGUGUUGUUGCUACUACAACAAUGGAUGAUUCAAAGGAAGCUACCAUACCUAGCUUAUUGAGCAGUGACACCCAGGAGGGUUCCAACCCCCUUAAUCUAGAGAGAGAACUAAGUGACUUCCGUAGUCAGUGGCAACAGGAAAUAAAGAAGGGAUCACCAAGGGGUAGACAUCAUGUCAAUGAUGAACAGACAGACAGUUAUAUCUUGGAACAGGCAAAGGUGUUGUUUAUGAAAGGUUCACAUCUGGAGCAGUCUGGACAUUUAUAUGAAGCUGUAGAGUUCUAUAAGAGAGCCACCCAACUUGUCCCUGAUAUUGAAUUUCAAAUUGACUUCACAUCAUUCCACAGUCCUAGAGAGAGGCAAGAGAGUGAGAGCUCUGUUGGAAGUUUAGAGAAUGAGGACUUUGAGGAGAACUUGGUGGGAUACCUACAGAAUCUACAGUUAUCUGAGGAGGUCAACAAUAGGAAGUCCUGUUACCCAGAGUUUGAACAGAGGACGACCCACAUUUCUGUGUUACCAGUGGAACUUCUUAACUACAUCCUACGCUGGGUUGUAUCUGUUGACCUUGACAUGAAGUCCCUGGAAAAUUUCUCUGAGGUGUGUCGGGGUUUUUACCUUGCUGCCAGAGAUGAGGGAAUUUGGCGGUCAGCUUGUCAGAGAGCUUAUGGAGCCAGUACGGGAAAGUGUAAGAAGUAUGGGGGCUGGCGUAACAUGUUUAUUCAGAGACCACAUCUCUUCUAUAAUGGUGUUUAUAUCAGUAAACUGUCCUACGUUAGAGCUGGAGAGAAGAGUUUAGAUUGCUACUACCGACCUUUUCACCUUGUGGAGUACUACAGAUAUGUCCGACUGUUUCCAGAUGGUGUAAUUAUGAUACUGACAAGCCCAGAUGAUCCACAUAAUGUAAUUCCCAAACUGAAGAUGAAGUCUUCCAAGGACCCGGGGAUGUUGAAGGGCGUGUAUAAACUGAGUGGAGAUAGGAUGUCUGGAGUGUUGAAGAGAGUGAGGAUAAAAGAUCAGUCCAUUCCGUAUUACAAGAAAAACCAGCGCCAGCGGAACCAGAACGACAUGGAAAUGACAUUUCAUGUGGAGUUUGAACUGUGUAAUGUGGGCAGAAAAAGCUUUGUCAAGCUCCAAUGGAUUGAUUAUUCUGUCACCACCAGAUAUCUGAUGACUGGUCAAGAGAGCACAUCCAGUCUGUUGGAUGGAAAGGGUUAUCCUCCCUUGAUCUUCUCCCGUGUUAGGAGCUAUACAUCUACAUCAGAAACCCCUCUACCGUAGUCCCUCUUACCAAAAAGUACAUCCCCAAUACAACGACACCCACAUUAUGUAACUGUUGGAAAUCUGUCGUUAUUAAUGCAAGAAUAAGCAAACUUACCAUUAUUUUGUUGAGUUGCUAUGAAUUUUGUUUCGAUGCUCCAUAAGGUUUUAUAUUUUGAUUUGUUUUAAUUGUUCUAACAGUAUUUAUACUGCACCACAUAUUUUGAAGUUUGUGAUUUAUGGAAGUGUUUUUUCCUUAGUUGAACUUUUAAUCAUUCCCUUAAUCAAAUGAGAUACAUGUAUUAAUUUUUGGGUAAUGAUGUAUUUAUUAUUGAUUUUGAGGAUUGAAGGAUUGAUUUAUACCACUUCUGAAAUGCCAUUUAUUUUAUGUGGGUUUUUUUUUUAAUGCUAUAAAACAGCUGAUACAUGUAUUGUACUCUAGAGUAUUUAGAUUUAAGGUUUUUGUGCAAUGUUUCAUUGUCUUUGUGCCAUGAUUAAAAUUAUUUCUAGAUUUGGUGAUUUUAAGAUUGAAAAUGUCUCUGUGUCUUUUCUUGAUAUGACUGGUUCUGACAAUGUGUACAAUGUGACUGAUUGUUUUCUCUAAUUUGUAUAAGUUAUAAACCUUUAUGGAUAUCACUGUCAGCCUUCCCUAGGCUCAUUAGAGACAUUUAAAUUGUGUUAAUUGUGAAUUUGUUGUGAUUAAACAGACCUACACACAUAAACUCACACAUAUUAAAGCUGUGAUUAGAUACUGAGUUAUAAAACACUGAUUUUUUUAAGGUGGUGUUUGAUUGUUUUACUCUUUAACCUUGUAGUCAAAGGUGCACCUGUACAGAUAUCUAGGAUUUUAGUUUUUGUUUUUCCUUUUAGAGAAGCAGUAAGUAUGAACAGCUAUAGAUAGCUAUACAACAGUAGGUAUGUAUAGCUAUAGAUAGCUAUACAACAGUAGGUAAGAACAGCUAUAGAUAGCUAUACAACAGUAGGUAUGAAUAGCUAUAGAUAGCUAUACAACAGUAGAUUAGCAAAUAGGAUCAUGUGAUGACUGAAGAAAUGAUUUGUAAAUUAUUGGCGAUUUAUUGACACAUUUAAAAAUACUCAGCGUGUGAAAUGAUAACUCUGGGAUUAUUGGAGAAAGUACAAUUUAUUUUGACAAAAAAGAAACAUAUCAACAGUUUAACUUUCUGUCUUUUUUCAAAAGAUUGUGAAUUUUUUUUUAACCAAAUUUUUUCCACUGUAGUAUUUGUCAGUUAUAUUUGAAUAAGAGACAAUCCAAAUUGAGGGAUAUAUAUAUAUAUAUAUAUAUAUAUAUAUAUAUAUAUAUAUAUAUAUAUAUAUAUAUAUAUAUAUAUAUAAACAUGUAAAAUACACAUGAAAAAAUAGCUAACAUACCACUGGAUAUAUUAUUUAAUGUACCUUUUGAAUGAUUAAACCCUACU